UAGUUUUAAAAAUCAGGAGAUAUUCAUUCAUCACGCCAUCGAAGUACAUAAAUUGAAAUCGAUAAAAUUUUGUGUAUCCCUUUGAAUGUUGACAAACUGGAUUUCCAUUCUGUCUUGUAACAUACAAUGAGUUCAACAAAAGUGAAUUUUCUCCUAGGCUGCAUUACACUGUCAAUUUUACACGAUGUCAAAGCUCUCAUUGUUCCUGUACUACGUAGCUUUGAUCAAUCAGAAACCUCUAAAGAGACAUCUCCUUUCGCUCACACAUUCAAAGACCACCUAAUAGUUCCUCAUCUUCUUCCAAGCAUUCCAGAAGAAGUCUGCUCGGUUAUCUACGAUCCGAAUCUCAUUAUUAUCACAGGACAACAGUAUUAUUCCUAUCAAAUAGAAGGUGUUCCAGAGGUAACGUGGGACUUCAAAAGUGACAAAUAUUACACCUUAAUCUUACGAGGAGCAUUUCAGAAAGAAGUCCAAUACCCUAGUACGACAGCUCCAGUAUUGAGAAAUCUCAGCAGUACUCUUACCCCUCCAGAGAAUUGGUGGCAUCAAUGGAUAAUUGUUGACAUACGCAGAAACGAAUUAGAAGCAGGAAAUGUAAUACAGCCCUACCUAAGAUCAACCAUAGCAGAGCCCAACAGUACCCAUCGAGUGAUAUAUGCUUUUGCAGUUUACGAGCAACCGAAAAAACUUGAUUUUGGAUUAAAUGAUGGAAAAAAUUCGCCCGAAUCAUUGCUUCAACGAUACUUCAAUCCAAUCUCAAGUUUUGAAAAAAGUUCUAACAACAGUGCUCUCGUGGCGGGCAAUUUCUUUCAAGUGGUUCAUAAGCCAAAGGGACUUGUUCUUGAUACAUCUAUCGUGAGAAUACUCAAGACUGGAUUCUUCAGAUAAUUUAAAAAUACAUCAGAAGGCCGGAGUAAAUUAUUAAAAUAGGUACACCAGCGCUCAAAUGAAAAUAAGGUUUAUAUUUCAUUAGUUGAGCAAACACAAAUAAAUUAGGAAUCUCUGAUUUUGAGAUUUGAUAGCUUGAAAGGCCCUUAUGAUAAGACAUCGCUAACAACCGCAGACAGAUUCAAAACUUAUACAUUUACUCGUGAAAUGACCAUAACAUCGGUGCUUGAUCGUGGAAGUUUUUUGAAAUUGAUAUCUUGUUAUGAAGUUCAACAUACUGAAUUUAUUCUCAAAUCUUUUUCAACUGUCAAUUCUAUUGUCAACCAGUAGCUUCGCAAUUGAAAAUGAAUCUAUCACACAGAUAUUUCAAGAACACUUGAUAGUUCCUCAUCUUUUACCAUCGAAUCCCGAGGAUUUUUGCCCAGUAAUUUAUAAACCCGGAUUGAUAAUUUCCACCGGUAAAUUCUAUUUCCCGUAUCAAAUCGAGGACGUACCGGAAAUAUCUUGGGAUUUCAAAUGCGACAAAUUUUACACAGUGAUAGCUAUUGAGGCAAUUCAAAGACAAAAUCUAAAAGUGACCACGACAACUGAAAAUGUACGUUUUUUGGGUGCGCUCAAGAAAGUAUACGAGAAUUCCAGUACCGAUAAUUCAACUGAAAAGAUCACGAAAGAGAACGAUAACCUACCACCAGAGCACUGGUGGUAUAAAUGGGUGAUUACCGACGUAGAUGAAAAUGAUAUUAACUCGGGGGUUACUCUACAGCCUUUUUCUUCAACCAACAUCUUUCAACCAAACGAUACUCACCAAUUAAUCUGUGUUUUUGCAGUUUUUGAACAAUCACAAAGAUUCGAAUUGAAAAUUGACGAUAAAGAAAAUUCUCCAGACUUAUUACUUCGAAGUAAUUUUACACCAUUAUCAAACUUCGCUCAAAAUUUUCAUGGAAAAAAUACACUGAUAAGAGGCAACUUUUUUUACGUUGUUCCUCAACCAGAAAUUAUCGCGUUAGAUGAUCCUGUGCAGAAAGUUCGAAGAUUGACGUGGGGUCGUGCAUUCAAACAAAAAUACAAGAAGAACGAAUACUAAUCAAUUUUUCAUUUUUCAACUUGAAUAUAAGUGUGCCAAAAAUAAACGAUGUUCUGAUGAAAAAAUUCUCAAAUGCAAUAAAUACCUACAUCACGA